AUCUCUGUCUCUAUCUCUCUGCGUCGCUUGGCUACUUCACCAUUUCCCAAUCCAUACGUGAACCUGGAAACUACCUCGUGCUUUCCUCAAACUCUCUCUUUUCUAAAUCGAGUACGAUGAUCCCAGAAGCACAACAGAAGCAGAAAGCUACUUAAACUAAAAGCAGCUACUGCAUCACUCACUCACUCAACAAUUCACCACGUAAAGCCAUGAACUUUGUGCGCCUCAUACGUUGUUCAACUCUCUGAAACUGCUCUCAGCUAGAAAGCUCUAUGAUCAUGGCGUUUAAGUGGGUUCUAGUUGUAAUUUGGAUAUGGGUUUGGGCAGCUUACUUGGCUGCUACGCAAUCCGUUGAUGGGUUAGUGAGGAUUAGUCUAAAGAAGCAUCCUUUAGACUUAAGUAGGAUAAAUGCUGCAAGGAUCACCAAUAGAGUAGCUUAUCAACAGAGUGAUAAUGGGGAUAAUCUCAAAGCUAACAUUGUGUAUUUGAAGAAUUAUCUUGAUAUCCAAUUUUAUGGAGAAAUUGGUAUUGGGUCACCCACACAAACCUUUGCUGUUGUCUUUGAUACUGGAAGCUCCAAUCUUUGGGUCCCCUCGUCGAGAUGCGUCCUUUCUGUUGGUUGCUAUUUUCAUUCUAAGUACAGGGCAACAAUGUCAAGUACCUAUACCAAAAUUGGAAUACAUUGCAAAAUUCCUUAUGGCUCUGGUUCUGUUUCCGGCUACUUCAGUGGGGAUAAUGUUAAAGUUGGGGAUAUCAUCGUUAAAGAUCAAGAAUUUGUUGAGGUUACAAGGGAAGGGUUUGUAGCAUUCUUAGCUGCACGGUUUGAUGGGGUUUUUGGACUUGGAUUUCAAGACAUUUCUGUUGGUGAAGCCACACCAGUGUGGUAUAACAUGGUGCAACAAGGUCGUAUGAGCCAGAAGAUUUUCUCUAUUUGGCUCAAUCAUGAUCCAAAAUCACCAGUGGGAGGUGAAAUCGUCUUUGGAGGAUAUGAUUGGAAGCACUUUACGGGUGAUCACACUUAUGUCCCGAUUUCACAUAAGGGAUACUGGCAGAUUGAGGUGGGAGAUAUCAUUGUUGCCGACUUCUCAACAGGAUUCUGCAAGGGUGGCUGUGCUGCCAUUGUGGACUCAGGGACAUCCUUACUUGCUGGUCCAACUACUGUUGUGGCUCAGAUCAACCAUGCCAUCGGAGCAGAAGGUUUGGCCAGCUUGGAAUGUAAAAAUGUAGUUUACACUUAUGGAAACCUGAUGUGGGAUUAUUUAGUAUCUGGGGUACGGCCUGAUGUACUGUGUGUGGAUAUCAGCCUUUGUUCAUAUGAUGGACCUCAUCAUGUAGACAAUUAUAUUGAGACAGUAGUUCGAAAUAGAACUCAGAAGGAGGCAUCUGUUAACGAAACUCCUUUAUGUACUUUGUGUGAGAUGAUUGCCUACUGGAUUCAACUUCAACUUAGAAAACAAGUAUCGAGGGAACAAGUAUUUAAGCAUGUAAAUGAGCUGUGUGAGAAGCUUCCAAAUCCUGUGCGAAGAUCGUUUGUCAACUGCGAUAACCUUGCAGCCAUGCCAGAUGUUUCCUUCGUGAUUGGAAACAAAACCUUCACCCUCACUCCAGAACAGUAUAUACUUAAAGUUGAAGAAAGGUGUUCUACUGUCUGCCUUAGCGGAUUUGUUGCCUUGGAUGUGCCUCCUCCACAAGGUCCACUAUGGGUUCUUGGAGCUCUGUUCCUGGGUGCAUACCACACUGUGUUUGACUUUGGUAAUCUCAGGGUAGGAUUUGCCAAAGCUGCAAUCCUUUGAUUCCCACUUCUGUAUUUUCUAGCCUCAAACUCGAACUUCCUAAUGAAAGUAUAAAGAUAUCAUGGAUCAAGUGUUUCUGGUAUCCAAUCUGAUAUGCAGGGCAUUUUAUAAUUGUCCAUAAAUAA